AUGAGCAGAUCACAGAUUUUUCUGAAAAGUACGAGGGAUAUUUACAACAAUGGGAUGAUGGGUCGUGCGGGCCCAGUGGAACAAUUCCUAUCGUGCAGGAAGUACCUGGGGAUGCUUUUAAAUGUGCCCCCCCAUAUUGGAGGUUCCAUGGAGGUAAGCGCCUCAGAAAUAGGCAUGUUUAGUGGUAACCGCAGAGGGGUGAGGCGUUGGCUACACGUUUUGAAGAGGUACAUGAAGAUCUGUUGCCGAGAGGGAGUACUGAAAAAGGAGGAGCUCCCUAAACUCCAUGAAACUGCACGACGUUUGCUUCAGACAAAGGGGAGGGGUGCGGUAUUCCCGCAGGAGGGAAAAGCCCCCGAUGAGCAUUUGACAAAGGAAGAUGUACCCCUAGCAUACCAUAACGAAGGGAAUUUUCCCGGUGGAGAUUGGCGGAAGGGGAAGAGUUGGCAGAACCCCUUCCUUGCGCAGAGUGAAUUUUUUAACCCUCGAAAAUAUGAAAAAGUAGCAAUCGGUCUGCAAGAAAACAGAAGAAAGUUCCACCAGAUGGUUCAAAUGUACCUGUCUAAGGCACCUAAAGGAUUCGAAAAUUUUGAAAGGACAAAUAAAAAGAAGGAGGAAGGGAGUCCAUCGUCCAAUUCGUUCAAACCAGAUGAAGAGAAAAACAAUAAAAAGUUCGACAACUUUUUCUUUUUCUUUUUCUUCAUGCUACUUUUAUUCUUUUUCCUCUUCGUCGAUUCGAAUGGGUUAUACAACGAAGUAACACAAAAUGACUUUUUCAUGAAUUACUUAUCCAAGGGAUAUGUGGAGAAAAUUAAGCUAGUUAAUAAAGAUUACGUGAAAGCAUACCUGAACGUUCAUGGAAUGAGUAAGUAUCACCAAAAGUAUGUGAGCUUCCGAAUAGGGAAUAGUGACGCAUUCGAACGGAAGGUGGAACAUAUCCAAAGGGAAAUGAAUAUACAAAGAGAGGAAAUAAUAGAAGUUCAAUAUACAAAUGAAACGAACAUGUUAAGUGAAGUCAAAGGCUACAUCCCAACUAUACUUUUUUUCUUGCUGUUCGCCUUCAUAUUCCAAAAAAUAACAUUAAAAAAUGUAGCGAACAGUGGCAUGGAUAGAUUAUUUAAAAUGAAUAAAAUGAAUCCAAUUAACAAGCAUCAGUUAAAAACAGAUGUGAAAUUUUCAAAUGUUGCAGGAAUGAAACAAGCGAAAGAAGAAAUAAUGGAAUUUGUUGAUUUUUUGAGAGCCCCGUCAAAAUAUGAAAACCUAGGGGCAAAGAUGCCGAAAGGGGCUCUGCUAUGUGGUGCCCCUGGUACAGGAAAGACAUUACUAGCCAAAGCUGUAGCAGGAGAAGCCAAUGUGCCUUUUUUUAAUAUAAGUGGUAGUGAUUUUAUCGAAGUUUUUGUUGGUAUUGGACCAUCGAGAGUUAGAGAAUUAUUUGCUCAAGCGAGAAAACAUGCACCAUCCAUAAUAUUUAUUGAUGAAAUAGAUGCAGUGGGUAGGAAGAGAUCCAAGGGUGGUUUCGCAGGUGGAGGAAAUGAUGAAAGAGAAAACACACUAAAUCAAAUGUUGGUAGAAAUGGACGGUUUUCAUACAUCUAAUGAUAAAGUAGUAGUCUUGGCAGGGACGAAUCGAGUGGAUAUUCUAGACCCAGCUAUUACGCGACCAGGAAGAUUCGAUAGAAUUGUUCACAUAAGCAAGCCUGAUAUUAAUGAACGCUCCGAGAUUUUUCAAGUGCAUUUAAAAAAUUUAAAAUUACAUCAUACAUUAGAUAUAGAAAACAUUAGCUACCUUUUAGCUUCUCUAACUCCAGGUUUUGUCGGAGCAGACAUUGCCAAUGUCGUGAAUGAAGGAGCUAUCCAAUGUGCAAGAAGGUCUAACAUGGUUGGUGUUCAGGUGAAAGAUUUCGAAUUAGCAAUAGAAAGAGUAAUUGGUGGAUUACCAAAGUCUUCUUCUCUCAUUUCUCCACUAGAAAAAAAAAUUAUUUCCUACCACGAAACAGGUCAUGCACUUAUCGGGUGGCUACUUGAGCAUGCUGAUCCCGUUCUAAAGGUUUCUAUUUUACCAAGAAGUAAUGGAGCCCUCGGUUAUUCACAACACCUUUCAGAAGAGGUUAUGCUUUUUUCAAGAGAUGCUAUUUUGGAUAAGGUAGCCGUUAUUUUAGGAGGAAGAGCAGCUGAAGAAUUAUUUAUCGGAAAAAUCACCACCGGUGCAAUAGAUGAUUUAAACAAAGUAACGCAAUUAUCCUAUUCCUAUGUAUCUCAAUACGGAAUGAAUAAAGAAAUAGGACUUGUUUCCUUUCAGCCCAACACUUCAAGUGAAUAUAGCUUCUACAGACCGCACUCUGAAUGCCUAGCGCAUCUCAUAGAUAAUGAAGUGCGAUGUCUUAUUGAGACGCAAUAUAAUCGAGUGAAGUCUAUUUUGCUUAAGCAUGAGAAACAAGUUCACAAACUAGCCGAUCUACUUUUCCAGAAGGAGACCAUCUCUUACCAAGACAUUGUAGAAUGCAUCGGAGAGCGCCCUUACCCAGUGAAGUCUACCUACGAGAAGUUCGUCAAAGCCAACCCCUACAAAUUAAUCCGUCCAGGUGAAACUCCAAGCGAGCAGGCAAUUGUCAGUGAUGGAGUCGGCCCUGACGGUGGUAAUGGUGUAGCUACUGCAGGCGUAUCUCCUAAUGGGGAGUCCGAGAAAGGGAUACAGGGCACACAUGCUAUGCCUCAGAUGGGCGAACCGAAUGAAGCAUCGGCGGAACCCCUGGUUAAGCGAGAGGAACGGCACAUCACAGGAAAGAAGGAAACCUCCGAGGAAAAUUCUGACGAUGGGAAAAAGAAUAACAAGGUUUCUCACGUGGGCACUACACGUUGA